AAUAGAACUAACUCGCAAGCCGUGUCUUGUCUGCUUGUGUCAUUCGUUCGAAAUUCGAAUUAAAUUUCAUUGAUCUAAUUCAGGACAAAUUGAUACGCAUUUUUUUUUUUAUUAAAUUUAGUGUACCUACAUUAACCAUGCCUAAGCGAAGGAGAAACUUGUUAACGCCUAAGAAGAAAGUUGCUAAUGUGAAAUAUGAGAGCGACAAAGAGGAAAGCGAAGUGGCUGAAGUGUCUACUCCUCGUGGACGACUCAAGGGUGCUCUAAAAGAUGCCCUCGACCCUACCGCAGAAGAAUCCGACACUUCGGUUGAACAAACUCCUGUAAGGAGAAACUAUAUGGAUGACAGAAGACACUCUUCAAGAGCUGAGGAACAAUAUUUUUUGCGAAGGAAGCCAUCACCGGUGCGACAGCCGUAUGUACUCAAGCUGUUUGAUCGGAGUGUUGACCUGUCACAGUUUGAUGAAGAAUCUCCGCUUUACCCCAUCUGUAGGGCUUGGAUUGCCAAUCAGCCUAAGAUGAAUUAUAACACGUUUAGCAAGACAAAAUUCAGAGAACCGGAGCCAACAGAAGACAGUGUGGUGCUACCUGGUCCUGAAGGUCCGCCGGUCAGCAGGAUACCCAAACUGCUGCCAGAACAGGAGGCACGGAACAAAAACAACAUUAAUCUUAACUAUCGAGAAGCGCCACCGCCGAGUAGGGAAGCUCUACUGGCGCAACACAGCCGGCGCUGGGCGGGCGUGCGGCAGGCUUGGAUGGAGCAGGCCUCGGCGGUCGAGGCGCGCUACGAGGCCUCGCAGCAGCUGCUCAACAAGAUUCAUGUCAAUGCUAUCUGAUACUAAAGGCCCGCGCUCGGUUGAAUCGCGGGAUUUUUGCAGUUCACAUUCUUAUUUUACACGCUAAUCAAAUUAUAAUGAACCUAUAAUGAACGAUAUUUGAUGAAUUCAUUAUAAUUAUAACCUGUUUAAUAAAAAUCAUUGUAGAUUAUAAGAUUGUAGCAGUAUAUUUCUCCGGCAUUCUUAUACACGCCAAUAUUUUUUUUUGUAAACGUAAGUUUAAAUAUUUAUAUACUUAUAAAUAUCUAGAUAUUUUAAUUUCUACAAUUAAAAUCUAGAUUUUUGUAAUUUUUUUCAACAUUCUUCUUUUGUAUGCCGGUUCGCCGGAAGCGUAUGUUGUCUUGAGGGACUUUCCAGGCUACGAUUUUCCUUUGUUUGAUAUCAGACAUACGCAUCUUUUAUCUUUAAUUUUUGGGUAUAAAUGAUGACGCUUUUUAUUAUACCCAGGCAAAAUUACAUCUUCCACCUAUUAUUAUUUAAUCAGCAUAAUUCUAUACAUAAUGUGACCCAAAUAUUUUUGAAUAAUUAUGUACUUGAGUAAAGAGAAAAUAGGUAAUUAUCACGUUAAAUCUCGACAGCGCCAUCUACAUUAUUUUUUGAGGAACAUAGUCUGAAAAGUCCCUCAUUUAAGAGUAUUGUGCUUAUAAAAGGAAACUAUUGUUCAAUGUUAUAGCAAUUUAUUUAAGAGAAUAAAAUUUCUAGCUAGAGCAUCAAUUAAAAAACGAACUAGCUUUUAUUAUAAUAUAUGAAUUUUCUUUAGUAGGUUGUUAGGCAACUUAUAAACGCGGUCAAACCUACAAUAAUAUUUCAUAAAAUGUAAUUCAUUCUUAGGUAACCCUUGAAAUAUUCCGAUAUUGUAAACAUUCCGAACUAACUAGUAAUUGCAUAGUUGCCUAGGUCAAAGAUAAAUUAUGAAAUUCUGACAGAUCUAAAACUAACAAAAAUCUUUUUUUAUUUGUAUAUUUAACUUAUUUAUGAAUUUGAAUUAAGAAAAACUGAAUUUUGUGUUUUGACGUUAAGAAAAAAGUAACUGAUUUGAUUAGUUGGAAACUAGCCUAUUACAAAACUCACCUGUAGUUCCAUAUAAACGUGUUGCACAACAUUUAUACUUUGGUUACUGGAAGACCGGCGGUUUUACAUCUUUUUGGUACAUAGUUUAUACUGGGUUUAGAGCCACCUUUUAAGUACCUAUAGAUAUGCUUGUAUUAGGUGCGGUUUUACAUACAUUACAUAUUUACUUAUGCAUUUAUUGGAAUUGAUGUUACUAGAUGUAACUUCGAAUUUGAAUGUUAUUUGAUAAGUCAAUAAUCGAUAGUGAUAGUGUUUUAUAGGUUUUAGGAGCUUAUACUUCUAUACUUAUUGUUGUAUAAUCAAUCAACAUAGUAAUCAAUAAUCAUAAUUGUCUGUUUUAAGUGUAUACCUACUUACUAUUGUAAACUACCAUAUAUACUACUCAUGUUCAACCGAUAUUCGUAAUUCAAUAAAUCCGUAUAUUCGAGCA